GGUCCCUGUUCCUGUUUAUUUUGCUGUCGCACUAGCCAGAUCAGGCUCUAGCACAUACCUUCUCCCACGCGCGAGCCACCUUCGUCCUCGUCUCCGACUCGCUCGGCUGCCGGAAGCUCGGCCGGCCCUCCAAGCACGAAGAAAGGUUCUGCCCACUGAGUUUGCCUAGACAGUGGAAGAUGAGAGCGCUAGUUCGCUCGCUGCGCCACCUUCGCCGUCUCACCCAACACCGUUCAGAGGGAGGACACACAUCAAUAAACAGAGUGACCAGGCAGCAGAAUGCUGUCAUCUUGUGUAGUUCGACAUCCCGUUCGCUGAGUUCACUCAGCACAACAUUACGUCGUAAUGAUGAAGCUAGCAGAUUUAUGAGUCCAGGCGUGGAGAUACUGAGGAACAUGUUCUCCACUAUAGCUGCCGAUUCAAUCAAAGAUGUUCCACAAAGUGGUCCAAUGGCGGAAUAUGAGAAGAGAAUCGCAUCAGGGGAGCUUGUAGAUGGCGAUAGCUUUCAGGUUGACACGAUUCAGCAAUUACAAAGGCUUUAUGAGGAUCUUGUAGAGAAUGAAGAAGCCUGCCAGUUGGAUAGAUACCAGUCAUCUGAGAAAUCUGGAAGGAGUAGAUGGCUAUGGUCUCGUCUCAUGGCUCCGCCUACUAGCCAUGCACCUGUAAAGGGGUUGUAUCUAUAUGGAGGGGUCGGUACAGGGAAGACAAUGCUUAUGGACCUCUUCUAUGAACAACUGCCAGCUAAUUGGAGGAAGAAACGUAUUCACUUUCAUGAUUUCAUGUUGAAUGUACAUAGUCGUCUGCAGAUGCAUAAAGGUGUUUCAGAUCCCCUUGAUAUGGUAGCAGCUGAGAUUUCAGAUGAAGCCAUAAUAUUAUGUCUUGACGAGUUUAUGGUAACCGAUGUUGCUGAUGCUAUGUUAUUGAACCGGCUGUUCAAACAUUUGUUCAGCAAAGGCGUUAUCCUAGUUUCGACUUCUAAUCGCCCUCCAGAUCAGCUAUACGAAGGUGGCUUGCAGCGAAACCUUUUCUUACCAUUCAUUGCAACCUUGAAAGACAGGUGCAUUGCGCACCCCAUUGGCUCUGCAGUAGACUAUCGUCAGCUGGGUUCGGCUGAAGAAGGUUUCUACUUUGUUGGAGACCGAUGCAGUACGGUUCUUAAAGAGAAAUUCCAAUCUCUAAUUGGAGAUGAAGAACCUACUCCUCAAACAGUCGAAGUCGUGAUGGGACGGAAAUUGCAGGUUCCACUAGGAGCACAUGGAUGUGCAUAUUUCACGUUUGAAGAUCUUUGUGACAGGCCUAUUGGUGCAGCAGACUAUUUUGGGCUAUUCAAACGGUUUCACACCCUCGCGGUUGACGGUGUCCCUAAGUUUGGGUUUCACAACAGAGCAGCAGCGUAUCGGUUUGUCACUUUGGUCGACGUCAUGUACGAGAACAAGGCGAGGCUGUUAUGCACAGCCGAGGCCAGACCGUUAGAACUGUUCGAGAACAUAGUGACGGUUGCCGAAGCACAGAGAAGCUCGCCAAGGUCUUCACGCUCGAGCAAGAGCGAUAAUCCUGACUUAUGUGUGGACAACGAACUCGGAUUCGCCAAAGACCGUACGAUCAGCAGGCUGACGGAGCUGAAUAGCAGAGAGUACUUGGAGGAGUUCGAAGCAAAAUUGCGGCAGCAGCCCUUGCAGGUUGUAGAUGAUGGCGGCGAUGUUGUACUAGCAUAAGUAGUAUCAGGGUUUUAUGCAAAGACAUGUUAUAAUCUUUUUUUUUUUUUCACCGCCGGCCUUACGGAGGAGCAGUGAGAAGGGUUUGCACUUCUCGUCAGUGAUACAUGUAAAUUUACAGCAUGCCAUGUAAGCAUCUUUGUGUGUAAAAAAAUGGUAAAUGUUGGCACAUCUGUAGAGAAAUUGUGCUCUCUCAUAAUGAAAAUUUUCAUUUAUGCUCUCUA